AUGAUGAUGAUGCGAACGUUGCCAGCCACCCGACGGGUAUUCGGGGUGAGAAGCUUGUGGAAACCGCUGUUCAGUCUCAGCAAGUACAAGCUCAAACCUCAGCCGCCUGGGGGUGUCACGGGGACGGUUAAUGACGCUUACCAACCCGGUAUGAUUGAUACCUACGCUGGUUCCGCCCACUGGACGUACGAAAGACUUAUUUCGGUGGCGUUGAUCCCGUUGGCGUCGUUGCCUUUGUUCCAGUCCCCCGUCAACCCGAUUUUGGACGCCGCCUUUGGCGUGUUGUUAUUAUUCCACUGCCACAUGGGGUUCUUGUCAUGCAUCACCGAUUACAUCCCUGAACGGGUGUACGGAGUGUGGAACAAGAUUGCUCGACGGUUGCUUAGUCUCGGGACGUUUGUGGGGAUGUAUGGCGUCUACGUCAUUGAGACCGAAAGCAACGGCAUCUUUGAUUUGGUGCAACAGUUGUGGUUGGCUUAA